ACCGGUUUCAGAAACUAACAAUGGCGUCGAGUCUGAACCCAGCAUAUGCCUACACGGUGGUGUACGUCAAGGACGUCGCCAAAUCCAUAGCCUUCUACUCCAAAGCCUUCGGGUACGCGGUACGUCGUAUAGACGAGUCUCACAGAUGGGGAGAGCUUGAAAGUGGGCAGACGACUAUAGCAUUCACGCCCAAACACCAGCACGAGACGGACGAUCUCACCGGAAAAGUUCAGAAGCCGAGCUCCGGGGAUGAAAGGCAGCCCGUUGAGGUUUGCUUUGACUACCCCGACGUCGACGCGGCCUAUAAAAGGGCGGUGGAGAACGGAGCGGUGGCGGUGAGUGCGCCGGAACAGAAAGAGUGGGGACAGAAAGUCGGGUAUGUACGAGAUCCCGAUGGGAUUGUGGUGAGGAUGGGAAGCUACGUCAACGAACCUAAACAAGUUUCAUCAAUUCUCCGCCAAAAAGGAAUGCAACACCUUGAAGGAAUAGGAACAUAAACGGGCCAAAGCAUGCCUCGUACUAGCAGGAAAUAUAGCAAAAGGGUAAGUUUCUAGACUCUUUAACAUAGGAAUGUAGACGAACUUCUGUGGUAUUCCACAUACCAAGAGGAAUACAAACCAGCAAUAGGAGAAGUAAUUGGAGAAGUUAUGAAAGAGGCAGUCAAACUUCUGGUAUACAGUUAUACUUCAUAUCUUACAUGUAAAGGAAGUACUUACAAUGAGAAUGAUCGAAGUCGUGCAACCCGUAAUAUGAUGAGAGA